CCUUCGAGCGCCCUUCCUGCAGAUGGUGCUGACGCGUGCAGAACUUAUUACGUUUAUUUUUCUUGAUUUAAUUAUAAGAAAUGUAAAAAUAUAUAUCUAAAGAUAUUAAUAUCAACUGUUGCCGUUGAUCAAAGUUCACUUUUCAGCAAUAUCGUAUAAUUUAAUUUUCAAUUAUCCAUGAACAGUGCGUGAACAAAGAGAUCGUAAUUUUACAAGACAGUGUAUGUAAAUGAAACUCAUGCAUUUUAUAAAUUCGUAUCGAAUCGCAUCAGUUGCAUUCCAAGUUGCAUCGUGAACAAUAGUUAUCAUAAUGAAGCAGAAAUGCAUCCUAAUAUUUUCCGUGAUAAUAUUUUUCCUAUCGCCAUCGGCGUUACAGUUAAAAUUAUUGAAUCGAUUUCACAUAGCGCAAAUGAAAAAACGAAAUUAUAUUAAUGAAAAUGGCGCGAAAUAUAAAUACGAGAUUAAAACGUUCGAAGUCCCAGUAGAUCAUUUUAGCUUUGCUGUGAAAGAUAAAUUUAAUAUCAGAUAUCUCGUCAAUGAUACAUGGCGACAGGGAAACAAUGCACCUAUUUUCUUUUAUACAGGAAACGAAGGUGAUAUAGAAGUAUUCGCCGAAAAUACUGGCUUUAUGUGGGAAAUAGCACCCGAAUUCGGUGCUAUGGUAAUUUUUGCCGAACAUCGAUAUUAUGGGAAGUCAAUGCCAUUUGGAAAUAAAUCUCUGGUUGAUCCUGCACAUUCGGGAUAUUUGACGUCACAACAAGCCAUCGCGGAUUAUGUCGAUCUGAUCGAAUAUUUGAGAUCAAAUGAGAUUAGAAAGCACAGUCCUGUUAUUGUCUUCGGUGGUUCUUAUGGCGGUAUGCUUAGUGCAUGGAUGCGUAUGAAAUAUCCGCACAUUGUCCAAGGAGCCAUUGCAGCAUCAGCUCCAAUUUUGCAAUUUACCGGUGUCUCUUCUUGCGAAUCUUUUGCACGUAUAACAACAUCGAGUUAUCGUGCGGUCCAUGAUACAUGUCCGAAAUUAAUACGAAGAUCAUGGAAUGUAAUAAAGAAUCUCACAUCGAACGACGAGGGCAAGAAAUGGUUGUCAGAAAACUGGAAAUUAUGUCAUCCGCUUACAAAUUCAACACACGUUGAAGAAUUACUGGCUUUCUUGGAAGAUGUUUAUGGAACUAUUGCAAUGGUCAAUUAUCCGUAUGAAACCAAUUUUAUAGUACCAUUACCUGCUAAUCCUGUUAAAGUUUUCUGUAGUCAUUUAUCAAAUAAGACCCUAACUGGAAAACCGCUGUUAACAGCAUUGUAUAAAGCGUUAAAUAUUUUCACAAAUUAUACUGGCCAAAUAAAUUGCACAGAUACAAAAGACGCUUCAGGAAAUUUAGAUGCACAGGCUUGGGUUUAUCAAGCAUGUAGCGAAAUAUUAAUAAAUAUUUGUAGCGACGGAGUGAAUGACAUGUUUCGAUUUGAGCCUUGGGAUAUUAAAAAGAUAAGCGAGGAUUGUUUUAAAAAAUGUGGUAUACAUUCUGAUCCAUACAUGGUUUGUAAAGAAUAUGGGUGUAAUGAUCUUUCAACAGCGACCAAUAUUGUCUUUAGCAACGGAUUAUUGGAUCCAUGGUCAGGUGGUGGUGUGUUAUGGAAUUUGUCUUCUUCUGCAACUGCUGUGAUUAUUCCAGAAGGUGCUCAUCACAUUGACUUAAGAGGUAGUGAUCCUAGAGAUCCUUAUAGUGUUAUACUAGCAAGAAAAUAUCAUCGUUAUUAUAUAAAACGGUGGAUCAAGCAAUACAAGCAACAGAUAUAUAGAAUACUGGUAACAUAAUUAUAUAAUUUUUCUUUUCUUUUUAAUACUAUUUUAUUGCGAGUGAUUUUUUAAAUAAAUUAUAAAUAUAUA